CACUUCUGGGCGCUGCUGCUGACUCGAGGUCUGGUCGGGGUCGGGGAGGCCAGCUACUCCACCAUUGCCCCCACCAUCAUCGCCGACCUCUAUGUCAAAGAGAGGAGGACCAACAUGCUGUCCAUCUUUUAUUUUGCCAUCCCUGUCGGCAGUGGUCUUGGGUACAUCGUGGGCUCUCAGGUCAGCGCCGCAGCACACAACUGGCACUUUGCAUUACGGGUGACCCCGGGCCUCGGUCUGGUCGCCGUGCUGCUGCUGCUGUUUGUGGUCCGGGAGCCCAAGAGAGGAGCGGUGGAGGCUCGGUCGGAGCUGCACCAGACCAGCUGGCUCACGGACCUGCGGGAGCUCAGCAGGAACUGCAGCUUCGUGCUGUCCACCUUUGGCUUCACGGCGGUGGCGUUUGUGACGGGCUCCUUGGCUCUGUGGGCGCCGACGUUCCUCUUCAGAGCGGCGGUGUUCGCGGGGACGAAGGCCCCGUGUGUGGACGAGGCUCACUGCUCCUCCUCUGACAGCCUGAUCUUUGGGGUCAUUACCGUGGUGACUGGUUUGCUGGGCGUGACCAGCGGCGUGCAGUUGAGCCGGCUGCUGAGGAAGAAGAACCCUCGAGCCGACCCGCUGGUGUGCGCCAUGGGUCUGCUGGUGUCGGCGCCGUUCCUCUUCCUGGCCGUCGCCUUCGCUGAAACCAGCACCAUCGCCACCUACGUCUUUAUUUUCAUCGGGGAGACGUUCCUGUCCAUGAACUGGGCCAUCGUGGCCGACAUUCUGCUGUAUGUGGUUGUCCCAACCCGGCGCUCCACGGCCGAGGCUCUGCAGAUCGUGGUCUCUCACCUGCUGGGGGAUGCAGGAAGUCCCUACAUGAUCGGUGUGGUCUCGGACAAGAUGAGGAGGACCGACUCAUUCCUCUGGCAGUUCCGCUCUCUGCAGCUCUCGCUCAUGCUCUGCUCCUUCGUGGCCGUGUUGGGCGGAGCCUUCUUCCUCGCCACCGCCAUCUUCAUAGAAAAAGACCGCAGUCGAGCUGAGAGUCACGUCCCCGCAGCUGACGAGCCAUUUGUCGUGCCAAAAAGUGGGAGGUCAACUCGGGUUUCCGUGUCCAGCGUUCUGAUCUGAAUUCUGCUCCAGAGGUCCGACCGGGCCGCCGGGCCGCCUCAGACACAGGUUCUGUUUUUAA